AUGGUCGAUCUGACCGUCACGCCAACGGUGGCACAUCCUGUCGCCACCAUGGAGUCGCGCGUUCCGGCUUUCAUUGUGCCAGGUUGUGCUGGAGCACUUGGACGCCAAGUCUCGGCUGGAUGCGCGCCGAAACGGUUGGGCCUUAAGGCCACAACUUCCGCCUGGUCCAUGUGGUCCGUCGGUGUCGAUUCCGUGUUCCUGGUGAAGCUGUCGCUCGAGUACACGUUGCCGUUUGCCCCGGAAUUGAUUCAAAACGUUUGCGACGGUAUCGCGCUCGCUUUGUUCACUAUUUGGAAUACGGAGGCAGCCCCAAACGGGCUUCCACUGGGUCAGGAAAUCAAUCAACGCGUCAAUCGUGUGGUCCACAACAUUUGGGUCAGUUGUUGGCCAGGGGACUUGGUCGAGUGGAACUCGUAG